GAACCGAGGUUAAUUUACCAUUCAUUUGAAGCUAUCUGCUUUUCAUCAUUUUUAUGAAUUUGACAAAUACAAGUUUUAUCUAAAAUAACAUAAAUAUGAGUUGCAGACUUUUAGAAAAGAUGAAGCUUCAGGCAGGAAGAAGUUUUAUCAGACAUAUGACCACAUCUUCAGGACUACAGGAUGUUGUAAUUGUGAGUUUUGCACGGACACCAAUUGGAUCAUUUUUAAGUAGUUUAGCUGAAGUACCAGCUACUCGAUUAGGUUCUAUAGCUAUAAAAGAAGCUGUUGCCCGAGCAGGUAUAUCAAAUGAAGAAGUUAAAGAAGUAUAUAUGGGUAAUGUCAUACAAGCAUGCGAAGGACAAGCGCCAUCUAGACAAGCUACACUAGGAGCAGAAUUACCAAUAUCUACACCUACUACUACCAUAAAUAAAGUAUGCGCUUCUGGUAUGAAAGCUGUAAUGAUGGCAGCUCAAAAUAUAAUGUGUGGUCAUCAGGAUGUUAUGGUAGCAGGUGGAAUGGAGAGUAUGUCCAAUGUACCAUAUUUUAUGAAAAGAGGACAAACUCCAUAUGGUGGAAUUAAAUUAAUAGAUGGCAUUGUACAUGAUGGGUUAACAGAUGCAUAUGAUCAUAUUCACAUGGGUAGUUGUGCUGAAAACACUGCUAGGAAAUUUGGAAUAUCUCGAGAACAACAAGAUGAGUACGCUAUUAGAAGUUACACAUUAAGUCAAAAAUCUGCUAGUGAUGGUAUCUUUAAACCAGAAAUAGUCACAGUAGAAAUACCAAAAAGAAAAGGUGAUCCUGUUAGAGUUAGUGAUGAUGAGGAAUAUAAAAAAGUAAAUUUUGAUAAAUUUAAGGCUUUAAAACCAGUAUUUCAAAAGGAAGGAGGUACAGUAACGGCAGCCAAUGCUAGUACUUUAAAUGAUGGUGCAGCUGCCUUGGUUUUAAUGUCUGCUAAAGCUGCUGAAAGAUUAAAGGUCAAACCACUUGCUAGAAUAUUGGGAUUUGCAGAUGCUGCUAUGGCACCUAUAGAUUUUCCUAUUGCUCCAGCAGAAGCUAUUCCUAAAGUAUUAAAAGCAACAGGUGUGAAGAAAGAAGAUAUUACCAUGUGGGAGAUUAACGAAGCAUUCAGUGUGGUAGCAUUAGCUAAUAUGAAAGCCUUAGAUAUAGAUCCUACAAAAGUUAAUAUACAUGGUGGUGCUGUCAGUAUAGGACAUCCUAUUGGUAUGUCUGGUGCUAGAAUUACAGGUCAUAUGGCAUUAAAUCUAAAACCAGGUCAGAAAGGAAUGGCUGGAAUAUGUAAUGGAGGUGGUGGAGCGUCUGCUAUAUUGAUUGAAAGAUUAUAAUAUAGUGUACAUCGAAACAAUUGGAUUAAACAAAAAUGAAUCAUAUAUAUAUAUAUAUUUAUCUGGAAUCUCAAUUAAAAGACGAUAUUUAAAUACCAGACAAAUAAUGUACUGUGUAAAUACAAUAGGUACAAGAAGGGAAGUAUGUCGAGUGUGUAUACCUGUGAUGAACUAUACAAUACUAAUCAUGUGAUAAUAACUUAUCUACUGUAUGUACAUGUUAGAAAUUCUGUACAUAAAUAUAAUAUAUUAUAAACAGCUGUAAUGUUUUUGGGGAUCUUAAGAAUUUCUCUCUUGGCAUUGAAUUGUCAU